AAAUAAGCAAAAUAUAUACUUUGUGUCGUAUGACCUACUAACGUUAUAAGGUCGGCCGCAUAAGUCACUUUGUUUAAUUUUUCGAUCCGCGAAUUUGACACAGAACCACUCUAAAUUACGGCCGCACACCGACACAAACCCGCACACAACGCAACCAACAAAAUUUUGAAGUGACAACGACGCUGACGACGACGAGGCCGAAAAGUUAAGGAUAAUGCUGCGCUGCCUUGCAACAACACGAACCGAACUGAAUGCAUUGCGUUCGAUCUUAUUGAGAACGACAACUCGACGCGGGGCCUGUGGAGUGCGUGCGUUCAGCACACAGGUGAUCAAUGCCCGAAAUCUCCAGGCAAUCAGAGCGACACUUAAUGGCACAUUGAGAAAACCGAAACCAGUUACACUAUGGAGCUACAACUUUGCCCGCGCCUACUCCAGUCUGCCCGAGCACAUACGUGUUCCCUUGCCGGCACUAUCGCCGACCAUGGAGCGGGGCUCCAUUGUCAGCUGGGAGAAGAAGGAGGGCGACAAACUGAACGAAGGCGAUUUGUUGUGCGAAAUUGAAACGGACAAGGCCACCAUGGGCUUUGAAACGCCUGAGGAGGGAUAUCUGGCAAAAAUUCUCGUUCCUGGUGGUGCAAAGGAUGUUCCCGUUGGUCAACUGGUGUGCAUUAUCGUGCCCGAUGCUGGCAGCAUAGCUGCCUUCAAGGACUUUAAAGACGAUGGCCCACCGCCAGCGGCAGCAGCUGCAGCGCCAGCACCCGCUGCUGCUGCACCGCCUCCACCUCCGCCCGCGGCUCCAGUUGCCGCUGCCGCUCCACCCCCGCCACCACCGCCAGCCGCAGCACCAGCAGGUAGUGCCCAACCCACUGGUGGCCGUGUCUAUGCUAGUCCCAUGGCCAAAAAAUUAGCUGAAGCUCAGCAACUACGUUUACAAGGCAAAGGCUCCGGCGUGCAUGGCUCAAUAAAAUCUGGUGAUCUUGCAGGCAUGGCUGCCCAGAAAGCAGCAGCUAAGGCGCCUGCACCAGCCGCGGCGGCCCCUACAGCCGCUCGCUACAAGGACAUACCGGUAUCCAACGUACGUGGAGUGAUUGCCAAGCGCUUGCUGGAAUCCAAGCAGAAACUGCCACAUUAUUACGUCACUGUGCAAUGUCAAGUCGAUAAACUCUUGAAGUUCCGCGCUCUAGUCAACAAGAAGUACGAGAAACAGGGAGCACGCGUAUCCGUAAACGACUUUAUCAUCAAGGCCACUGCAAUCGCCUGCCGCAAAGUGCCCGAGGCCAAUUCUGCAUGGAUGGACACGAUCAUUAGGCAAUACGACGAUGUCGAUGUGUCUGUGGCUGUCUCAACGGACAAGGGUCUGAUAACGCCAAUCAUUUUUAGCGCUGAUCGCAAAGGUGUCUUGGAAAUCUCCAAGAAUGUUAAAGAAUUGGCAGCCAAGGCGCGCGAUAACAAACUUCAGCCACAAGAAUUCCAGGGCGGCACCAUUUCGGUAUCCAAUCUUGGAAUGUUUGGAGUGAAUCAGUUCUGCGCCGUCAUAAAUCCCCCGCAAUCGUGCAUCUUAGCCAUUGGCACCACAACGAAGCAGCUUGUACUCGACCCGGACAAUAUUAAAGGCUUCAAGGAGGUGAAUCUCUUGACUGUUACGCUAAGCGCCGAUCAUCGAGUGGUGGAUGGCGCUGUGGCCGCACAGUGGUUGCAGCACUUCCGUAACUUCGUCGAAGAUCCAGCAAAUAUGAUACUAUAAGCAUCGACGACUCAAGCACCAACACUACUCUCUAGAAAACAACACACAUAUAUACACAUAUAUAGAGAAAAUAUAUGUUGCAGAAACUUUACGCUGCCUGGCUGGUUAAUGUUUGCGUCUAAACGCUUACGGUUUUUAUAUAGUUAAUGUAUAUUUUUGUUUAGUUGGUUCACGGCGACUCGAUAGAACCCAUCGGCCAUCUUAUCCCAUCCUCACAUUCUAACAGCUAAUUAUAAUAGUCAUGUAAUAUUGUUGGAACUCACACCGAACAUAGAAAAAUUGAAGAGCGAGAAGACUCAUUUGCAAUUGUUAAAUUUGAUUUGGUAUAUGAUAUCGUAUAUAGUAUGAGAAUCGGUUGUUUGAAGCUAAAUACGAAGUAUGAUAAGUUAAAAGACGUUGAAUAAAGAAAAAACACCCAAA